AUGAGCGACAAUCUCAUGGACAAAGUUAACGCCCUGGGCGAGCGCCUCAAGAUCAGCGGCGCGGAAGUCAGCCGCAAGAUGUCCACCGGCGUCACUAGCAUGAGUUUCAAGAUGAAGGAGUUUUUCCAAGGCCAGAACAUGGCCGACAAGAUUGUUGACGAGGCCACCUUGGAGACCAUGGACGGCCCCGAUUGGGCUACCAAUCUUGAGAUAUGCGAUAUGGCCAACACCGAGAGGGUCAACAGCGUCGAGCUCAUCCGCGCCAUCAAGAGGCGAAUCAUGCUCAAGAGCCCGAGGGUGCAGUAUCUGGCUCUUGUCCUCCUCGAGACCAUUGUCAAGAACUGCGAGAAGGCUUUCUCCGAGAUUGCUGCGGAGCGGGUCCUUGAUGAAAUGGUGAAGCUUAUUGAUGACCCACAGACUAUAGUCAACAACAGAAACAAGGCGCUCAUGCUUAUUGAAGCAUGGGGAGAGUCAGGAGAAGAGCUCCGCUACCUUCCUGUGUAUGAAGAAACUUACAAGAGCUUAAGGUCUAGGGGAAUUCGCUUCCCUGGCCGCGAUGAUGAGAGCCUUGCGCCAAUAUUUACUCCUCCCCGUUCAGUACCUGCAGCUGAACCAUAUUCUGAUGCAGCACAGGACGGGUAUCAAGAAAUUCCAGAUGAAAGUUUUGCUCCAGUUCGUGCUGCCCCUUCUGUACAAGUCGACGAGGCUUUUGAGGUGGCUCGUAAUAGCGUUGAACUUCUUUCCACAGUGCUAUCAUCAUCUCCACAAAAAGAGGCUCUAGAGGAUGACUUGACUACCACCCUGGUCCAGCAAUGCCAACAGUGUCAAUACACGAUCCGGAGAAUCGUUGAAACUGCAGGUGAUAAUGAGGCUCAACUCUUCGAGGCACUGAGUAUCCACGAUGAACUCCAGAAAGUUCUGUCCAAGUACGAAGACCUCAAGGAGCCCAUCGUCGCAGAGCCUGAGCCAGAACCAGCGAUGAUUCCAGUCACGGUGGAGCCUGAGGAAUCCCCACGCGCUGUUGGCAAAGACACCCCCUCGAGGAAAUCAGCUGGGUCCGGUGGUCGCUCUAGCGGCGGGGAUGACUUGCUUCAGGAUCUCGACGACAUGAUCUUUGGUAAGAAAGCCGGCACCGCCUCCCAGCAGGAAAGGACUCCCCGGAAGGAGCAGAAGGACGAUUUCAUCGGCUUAUGA